UCGUUUCCAAUGCCCGGGUUGCAAGGGGCGGGGUGCAACGUAUCGAUCGCGCCGCCGCACUCGGCGUACACAACAACAAGGACAAAAAGAGAGAUAGUGGAGUUUCUAUAUCGGUGGCGGAAGGACGGUUAUCCAUUGAUACAGGUGAUUUGCCCGGGUGGUUCCGUCGCACUAUCGCUGACUCACUGUCACUGCCGUGGCGCGCUGCCAACUGUGCUGAUGGCUCUGCGAGUCAUCUUCGACGAUAAUAGCUUUUAUAGAUUCUUACUUUAUAAAACAAACUUAGACGACCCAUACCAGUUCCUGGAGGAGCUUCCUGAAGACUGCAUCAGAGAGGUUCUGGACACAGAGCUCACAAAGAUGAAGAAUGAAAUUACUGGGGAUGUUUCUGGUGAUUCAAGAGAACAGGAGUAUAAAGAGGACCUCCAGGACCCUCGGGAGACGAUGGUGACCUUCGCCGAAGCUUUGGAUGAUGAGCAGUGCGAUAUGAUCACCAUUUUGGAUGAGGGCGACGAUGGCUCAGAGGCAGGCGAGCGGGAAGAGUUGAACGAUACACUGGACAGCCCGUGUACCGUGCGAGAGAAAGCGAGUACACCCGAACUGACACCGAAGGCCGAAAAGACCCGUGAGAAGUCGCCUGAUAACGUCACCAAUAUGAUCGAGACCAGCAUUUACACCGCUAAAGUCAAGGAGCUACAGUCUAAAGUUAACUUGGAACUGCUUUCUGUUAUUACCACCCUGGACGCUCAUAACGUGCAUCAGCUGGAUCAAAACACGCUCCCGAAGCUGAAGAAACAGUGCACUGAGUUCUGUGCCCGUUACUGCAGAAUAUACUUGUAUCCUAUGUCUCGACAGGUCCACGACGUAACGCGACAUAACAACUCUGCGACGCCGUACGCGCGACACACUCACACACGCUCGCAACUCAUACGAUCCGUGUCGCUACAGCAGAAUAUGCUGCAGUCCCUUCAGAUGUUCCACAAAUGGUUCACCCAGAAGACGCCUCUACGUGACUGCGUGUUCGCACUGAAGAAUUUCAUGGAAUUGGUGCGAGAAGCGGACUCGGUCUGUCCCAUCGAGGUUCAUAAUGAGGAGCUGCUUCAAACCUGUGACAGCCUGGAGAAAGCUCUGGACAUGUACCUAGCGAAACUUAACAGUGUCAUCAGUGAUGAUAACGACACCAUUUCGCUGUCUCGGUCGGGAAAGUCCCGUAAAUCUUCAAAGUUCAGUAAACAAGGAAAAUCACAAACGGCCGCAGACGCUAAGCUCUCGAUGUAUUCUCUGGAUAAAUUCUCGCGCUGUUCAAAAGCUUCCAUCGGCCGAUCAAGCGGCGGUACAUCUAAAGCUCGCUUGGGAAUCUCACCGAAUAUCAACGCGAAGAACCCUAGUCCACUGGAGAACGCGAACACUGCAGCUUAUAAGAAGAAUAAGUCCCGUCGUCCACUGAUGCGGGCACCGGGCGGUGGUCAGCGUCGCGACGCUCGCGACCUGCAGGAGCGAGACAAUAUCACUACGCUCGUUGAGACCGUUGACAUUAUGACGACUCCGCACGCGUCGGCCGCCAACUCAGUCCGCAGCGCCGCGCCCCGCCCCUGCACCUCCGCGCACUCCCCGCGCCGCCCGCGCUCCUCCCGCGUGUGCCGCACUCCCCGGGGAAUACGCAAGAGCAAAGAAUCCUCUCCCAGAUCUCCAAGACUGAGCCCAAGACUGAGCCCAAGACGAAGCCCAAGACUGAGCCCAAAACUGAGCCCGAAACUAAGCCCGAAACUGAAGAAGGACAUCCUAGAGAAAGAUCUAAAGCUGGCUCUAGACAAUGUCCACGUGUCAGAUGACACCGUCCCUUCGGUUAUCAAAGUGCAGUGUGCUAAGAAAGACGUCAUCCAGACAUCCAGUGAGACUACUCCGAAGACUGACGAAAAGAAGGAACUGAAGGAUGACAAGGAUGUGAGCUCUACCAGCGACGUGUCUGUGCUUCUGAGGCAGCUGUGUGCGGGCUCGUCUAACAGCAAAUUGAGGAGCCCGAAGGAGCGAACAUCAGGAUCCAAGAAUGCGCAGCUGCUUUGCGUCAACGGUAGCAGCCCGCGGUCCUCUUCGCUUGGGACACCUCAAUUGUUGCGGAUACUAGAAGAAACGAUCCAAAAGCAAGCCCCAAAGCCACAAUUCUCGACCAAAGCCCAGUUAAAGACCUGGACCGCUACCGUCUCAGCUUCAGCCGGAACAAUCCAGCUGGGGACUCACUCUUCCAAUACCGGACCAAGUUCGUCCAGCACAUGCUCUCCAGCCCAAUGUAUGCUAACAGCAGGGUUGGGAAGCCUUGGGAGACCAUCGGCAAAAUAUCCGAACAAAUAUUAGAUGAGAUUCUGAUGAACUGUGCAAAAGAGAUGCAGCUAGAGCACAUCAUUGAUGAACUAUACGAAAUGGAGACCCAGUGAUUUUUACUUAUUAUAGUAAAUAAUUGUUUUGAUCUUUGAAAUAAAAUGUAUUUGGC